CAUUCAAUUCCCCCUCCACCCUCUUUCAAGUGAAUCCAUUUGUUCACCGAGAAAUCAAAAUAAAUAACAAGACAUCCGUAGUCACUAAACUUUUUCAAUUUAAUUUAUUAUCACAUGACGAUUACUCCUGAAAUAAUCAAUUUUUUCUUCUCUACUUAAGUUUUAUAAAUAUAUGCUUUCCAAAUAAAUUAUUGCAGAUGCAUAAAUGAAGAUCGAAACGUAAAAGUUAUGAAAAUGUGAGGUUUGAAUGCCUUAAAUACGUGGAAUUGAAACAAUGAUGAUGUUUUGAUGAUUGUUGAGUCUUGGUAAUAGUGCAAGUGUGACGAAAAUGUCGGAUAAUCGAGUGAAGACUAAUGUAAACGACAGGAUGAUUGCCGAGACGGCGAGAGACUAUGCGGCGUUUGUCCAGGUGGACCUCCCGAGUCAGACGGGGGGAGUGCACGAGGCUGUGGACGAGAUGCUGAUUCGUCUUGAGGAGUUCGAGUCAAUCGUUGGAAUGGUGCAAAAUUUACGAGCUGAAUGUACGUUUGAGCACCUGGUGCGCUUUCGUUCGGUUCACCCAGCCCUGAUGGAGCUCUGCAAACGCAUUGACGCACUCGAGCGCGUCGUUGCGAGAGCGAGCGUUGACCUGGUGAGCUUAGAGACAGCGGUGGAGGCAGCCGAGGCCGAAUUAGGCGGCAACGCGACAGUUUCUGAUCGUCUUUUUGGUAUCCUCAAUCCACUUUCACUCUUUAAAUCGAAGAAUCAGGAAGGCCCUGCGUCAGCCACCAGCAGCCCUUCGUCACCAAAACAAGAACCCCUCGCAGUACCCACCAUCUACAGGACUGAGGACGCAUUCAACACGAGUCAAUAGAGACCCUGGUGCUACAUUCAUGGAGAAUCGUCUGUACAGUCGGAGAGGUAGCACUGUUUGAGCUGCGCCUCCUUUUCCCCUGGAGCACAGCCUCCGGCCACGCAAUGACGCCAUCGUGACACUUUUCCAGGUCCACAGGAUGUACUGCAGCACGACCACUUGCCCCACUGGUCCCAGAUCUUCGGUUUACCAUCUUCACCGAAAAAAACAUGUAUUUUUCAUUAUUAGAUGCAUAAAAAUGCUGAAUUUACGAGAAAUUCAUUGAAUUUUAAAAAUGAUUCUAAAGGAUUUUAAAAAAUAUAUAAAAAUGAAGAAAUGAAAAAAUGAAUUAAUGAAAAUUAAUUAAUGAAUUUAUGUUCGCUCCCUAUUUUAUUGUCUUCUUCAUACCAAUUUGGAAAUUAUUGUGAGAAUAUAUAUAUUCUUUUGUUGUUGACUCUAUGAAAAUAGUAAAUUUACCGCAGUUUUGGAGUUUGAGAAUAAAGAAGGAUAUAAAAAAAAUGAAAAAAAUUUAUUUCCCACUUUGGAAGAAACGAAAGAUCUAUCAAUUUGAGGAAACGCCAAUAAUCGCCGAAAGUUCGGUUUGAACCCACGACCCUUAGGUUGUCAGUCUGAGCCUUUACACACAUAGCUACAUGGAGAGAAAAUCCUAGCAAAAAAGUGUGCAUUCACCAACUCAUGGGACCAAACCAUGGUCACUAAAAAAUUCGGAUGUGGCAACAGAAAUUGCACGAGGCAGUUUCAAAUGCCGGCGAUCUUCACAAGAAAUCGCGAUGUUAACAUCAUAGUGAUAAAUGCAACUUAACAAGAAGUCUCUGAAAUAUCAUAAACCGUAAAAAAUCAACUAUUCACAGAAUUUUCAAAAAAAAAAUGAAUUAUUCAUCCUCCAACAUUUGCAUUGACUCUUCGCGAUCUUUCUGUCACCAGAAUAAAGAAAAAUAUUGAGUAACCAUUUUUAUGGGUCGUUAAUGACGUCAUUAUCUCCAGAAAAUAGUUUUUUUGUCAACGGAACGAAUCGCUAAUUACAAUCUGUGGAUUUCGCCUUGUGACCGUUGAUUUCUGGAAUUGAUGCCUUUAUUGCACAUGCUAAAUUGAUGUAUUGGUCAAGAGUCUCUAAAUUUUUAUGUAAAAGGGAAUAAAAUAUGAAAUGCAUUAAUUCAA